AUGACUCAGUAUCAAUGUCAAUGUCCGCUUCGUGUGUAUCGAGGUCAAUUAAUGACGAACACGGAAGUGGAACGUCUCAAACGAUCCAUUGGUAAAUUGAUCUCAUUUAGUUCAUUUCUCUCGGCUAGUCUUCUAGAACAACAAGCUAUAUGCUAUCAGAAUAAUGCUAGGACUUCAAGUGGAUUGCAGCGUGUACUAUUCGAGAUCGAUGCUGAUCCUCAAGUUGUUAUCAAUAAGCCGUUUGCAGAACUUAGUUCACAAAGCGAUUUUGCUGGUGAAUGCGAAGUUCUUUUUAUGCUGGGCUGCGUCUUUCGUAUCAAUAAUGUCAGCCAUCGUGGCGUUGGGCAAGGAUGGUGUAUUCAUAUGACAUUAUUCGAUGAUAGUGAUCAUCAUUUGAGUGGAAUGAUUGAAGAGAUACAGGCUGCAAAUGAGGACUCUCUAGUGAACAUUUCUUCAUUCGGACUUCUUCUAUGGAAAAUGGGUAAAUAUGAUCUCGCUGAAAAAUAUCUUCGUCGUGGCAUUGCGGAAUUUUCUGCGAGUGAUCCGAAUCUUGGGUCAGCAUUCUUGAAUCUGGGUUUGGUAUAUAGUGAUAAGGGUAAUUAUUCUGAAAGUCUCCACUGGUAUAAUGAAGCAUUGCUGGCUUACACUCAAAUUGACAAACCCAAUCAUGUGGCCAUUGGUAACUUGUAUAACAACAUUGGCGAAGCGUACCGCCAGAAAGAAGACUAUGUUGAAGCAAUGAAUUCAUACAAUACAGCAUUAUUCAUUUUCAAAGAAGCACAAGAUGAACAUCAUCCAACUAUGGGACUCCUUUAUAAUAAUAUAGGCGUUAUUCAUCAUAAACAACGAAACUACUCCGAAGCGCUUCACUUCUACGAACGAUCACGUGCCAUUUCCCAAGAACUCUUGCAUGCAUAUCAUAGUAACAUUGCUUUGGCUUACAACAACAUCGGUGCAGUUCAUUCUGAUCUUGGUAAUGUCGAUAUUGCAUUAGAGUAUUAUGAACGAGCUCUAUCGAUCUAUUCGAAGUCUUUGCCACCUUCUCAUCCUUCUCUGGCCCUAACAUAUUAUAAUAUUGGUCGUGUAUAUGAAGUGAAAAGAGACUUUUCACAAGCCUGGCAAUAUUAUCAAAAGGCUUUGGAAAUUCGACAACAUACGCUACCAGCUGAACAUCCAGAACUCAAAGAAGCCGAAAAAGCCGUUCGAAAUAUUGUAGUUAGGCUUUAA